UGCUGAAACUCCUGGCUCUUGGGGCCCACUUGUGACAGACCAGUGUGUGUUACAGAACCAGACCCUGUUUUACUUCUGGAAGAAUGUUGCAGAGACUUGCUCCACAGUUCAAAGGCAGAAGUAACUCACAGACAGGAUAAAUACCCGAACAAGAGCGGGUGGCGUCAUGGUGGAGUUUUCCAACAAUAUGAAACAACAGUUCUAAACUUCAUGAAUUGCUUCCCUCCUAAUGCACUAACCUUGAAACCUGUAAAUGAUUUUUUGAAUGCUAAUUUUCUGAUCAUGUUAACUGGAUGAUGUGUUCCCAUUUCUUGAGUAAUCCCAUGUUUCCUCCUACAUCCUGAAGAGUUUUGUGAUGUAUUGCCAAAAUGUUUUGGAUCCUGCCAUGCAAUUACCAGUUGUCAGUGCAGAAAUGUGGUGUAUUGGAAAAUGGGAGAGUGGGAAACAAGAAUGACUUGAUAUUAACUUCAGCAGGAACUAUUUGGAGAUGGUUCAACCUCAAAUGUAAGGAAAAACCUCUCAAAUUAUGCAGCAGCUCCAUUUUGAGUAACAUAAAGUACAGAGGAGUGCAGUGACCUUGCAGUAAUAGCCAGGCUGAGAAUAUUCUUAUUUCUUUUUGUUAACUAAUUUAAGGAUACACUUUUCUUUGCCUUCUUAAUGCCUACCUUAUAUGUGGAAAUGAAAUCCUUGAAGUGAUGAUUCCUGACACAAGUUGCCCAUGUUUUCAUCUCAGCAAAUCGUGGCUCUCAGACCCUCUCCUCUGCCUUUGGCACUAAAACAGCAGGAAGACUGCAGAGGAAAUGUGAGUGACUAGGUGGCUGAACCAGAUGCUCAGAAUGUCAAAUUGACAUUUUAGGCUCAUGCAGCUGCACAGAUCUAAAGGGAAGUGUUACACUGAUGCAUUGGAAGUGUGUCAUCAAGAAGAGCUGUACUUCUCUUACUCAGACAUGCUGCCUUAGGUGAUCAAGACAGUUAGAGCUGAAUGUAAGCACCUUCUCUGCACUGAGGUUGUGAGUUGCAGUUGCCUGCCUUUAAAAAAAAAAAUUGGGAGAAAGUCCAACUGCUGCAUUGAAGAAGGGCAGAGCCAUCUCUUUGUUCCGGUCUGGGACUUACUGGUAGCAGCUCAAAGCUACUCUCAGAGUGGUAAAGGAUUAAUGUAUCUUCAGUGUUGUCCAAGUGUCCUGUCUGUAAUCACUUCUUGACUCCAUGGAAAAAGCAGGAUCCAAGGUCAGCACUGGGUGGUGUAGCAGUGCUGGGGAUGCCACCGUGCUCUGUGGGAGCUCAGGUCCCGAGCUGACUCUCCUUGCUGCAGAGGACACCCCAGGGACACUGGCAGGGGGCACUCCCUCUCCUGGCUCUGGAUGUGCAUCACAUCAGUUUGGCAGGGCAAAGGUACAGCUGGAUGACGACUGAGGAUGUGCUAUGGAGCCGGGAUUCAACUGCUCUGAGCUCUGCGAUGGCAGCUCCAGUUUUGGCAGCCAGGAGCAGCAGCAGCGGGCCCUGCAGGAGCUGUGCACUGUGACAGUGACAUCGUUUGACCGCAGUAUGAAGAGCUCCCCAUCCUUCUCUGCUGGUCUCCUGGGAGUUGUGUGGACAUUCCUGACUGGAGGAGUCCUGCUAGCACUCUUCUUUUUCAUCUUCACUAUUCGCUUCAGGAAAAACAGGAUUGUGAAGAUGUCCAGCCCCAAUCUCAACAUUGUGACCCUGCUGGGCAGUGGCUUGACUUACACAAGUGCUUACCUCUUUGGGAUUCAGGAGCAAAGCCUGCCAUCUGGAGACUCAAUGGAAAAGCUAAUUCAGGUGAGGCUGUGCCUGCUGUGCGUGGGGACCUCCCUGGUGUUCGGUCCUGUCCUGGGGAAGAGCUGGCGGCUCUACAAGGUGUUCACCCAGCGGGUGCCCGACAAGCGGGUGAUUAUCAAAGACCUGCAGUUGCUGGCAAUGGUGGCAGCGUUGGUGCUGGCAGACACUGUCUUGCUCUUGACCUGGGUGUUCUCUGACCCAGUCCAGUGCUUCCGAAGCCUCAGCGUCUCACUGCGGGCAACAGAGAAAGGCAUGACGUGUUCCGUGAGCCGGGUGCAGUCCUGUGCAUCGCUCUAUUCCGAUCUUUGGCUCGUUCUCAUUUUAGGGUUUAAGAGUAUCCUCCUGCUAUAUGGGACCUACUUGGCCGGUCUGACCGACAAUGUCAGCUCCUCACCAGUGAACCAGUCCUUGACACUCAUCGUCGGGGUCAACCUCGUUUUCCUGGCUGCUGGUACCAUCUGCUUAGUUCACCGCUUCUUCCGUACUUGGCACAAUUUGCUGUUUGGUUUUACCUCUGGAGGCAUCUUUGUGUGUACAACCACAAUCAACUGCUUCAUCUUUGUCCCACAGCUCAAGCAGUGGAAAGCCUUUGAAGAAGAAAGCCAGACGAUGAGCCACAUGGCAAAAUAUUUCACCAGCCCGAGCAGGAGCUGCCGCUCAGUGUACAGCGAGGAGCAGCUCUACCAGCUCAUAGGGGAGAAAAACUCUAUGAAGCGGCUGCUCACCGAGAAAAACGCCGUGAUCGAAAGCCUGCAGGAGCAAGUGAGCAGCGCCAAGGAGAAGCUGAUGAGGCUGAUGUCUGCGGAGAGCGGCUGCGACCCCCGUGUGCUGCCAGCAGCUCCCUGCACCUGGAGCUCAGGGCAGCCUGGGGAUGCACCAGGAGACUGCUGCCCCCCAGAUCCAGAGAGGGAUGGGUGGCAGCCCCCCUGUUUGUUGGGUACAUCACCUCCUGGCAGCAAUGCUCAGGCCCUCCAGAAACAUGCAAACCAGGAGCCUGUUUGCACUCAGGUGCUGCUUUUUAAUGCAGGGGACAGCAUUGAACGUGGCCUGAAAGAUGUCCAGGAGUGUGGCACACCUGCAGUGCAGGGGCAGCCUCCAGAGCAGCUGCCAGGCCAGGACAACUCAGCUGGUGUAGCCUGGGAGUCGUCCCCCAAAGUCAGCUAUGUAAACAGCGAGAAGCUGUGGGAAAUCUUGCAAGAGUUAAGCCUGGAUGGCAAAAACUACAGCCCAGCCUUAUCUGCAGGACCCCCACUUGGCAACCGGGGCACCUCAGGCGAGCAGGGAGAAACACGGGUGGGCCAGGAGGGCUACCCAGGCAUCCACACACCCCUCAGCCCCUACCUGGCAAGGCAUCAACGGAGGAUCCCCUUGCCCCCUGCCUCCACGUGCUUCCCUGGACACGUAUCCCCUCGUGCCAGCUGCAGGGUGAAGGAGGUGGGCAGCUGGGGCCGUGGGGAGUCAGCACAAAACUCCCUGGGAAUGGGAGGGGACGUGGCUGGCAGAGGGCUCCUUCACUGCCCAGUACCAUCCCCUGCAGCCAUCCCGAGGGAGGCCAGCCUCCAGCCAGAGGGGUGGCUGGGAUGGCCCGAGUCCCAGGGUGCUUCACCGUGCAUCCCGCAGGAGCGGCGGCGGCGGCAGGGCACGCCGAGGGGCCCCGCUGAGCCCUCCCUGCGCUCGCUGUACUAUUACCCAGACUCUGACUCCAGCAGCAGCAGCAGCUCUGAGGAGAUGUUUCAUGGCUGCCACCGACCCUGCUGCGAGGUUUGCUUCCAGAACCCACGUGGCUCCCUGGACAGCAGCAGCACGGACACGGACACAGAGCCCAGUGACUGUGAGGAUCACCAGACAGAGCACCACGGUGGGCCCCAGCCUGUGGUGAAUUUCAAAGAGGAUCUGAAACCCACUUUUGUGUGACUGGAGCACCCCUGCCCCAAAGGCAAGCGCCCUCCCACCCCCAAAACACUGCGUGUUUUCUGCAAUGCUAAAGCCACACAUCCCUCUGGGGAAUGUGCCUUGUUCUGGAAUUUGGGGAUUUGCCCCGUUCUGAUUUGCAGUGUCAGCCCCAGGCUGGUCAGCCGUGAUUGCAGUCUGAGUUUGGCUGAGAGGGGGUUGGCAGCACUCAGGGAGGUGGCGGUGGCCUUGUCCUGGCUGCUCUGGGCAGCUGCCUGUGUCCCACAGGAAGCCAGCAGUUCUGUCCAUCCUGGUGCCAGCAGUGGAGAAACCAGGACUGGGGGUCUGUGAGAGCCCAAACUUCAUCUCCUCAGAGAGCUUUCCCUGUGAGACCUGCGUGACUCGCUCUGGCAGGGAGCAGCAUCCUGCCUCAGAAGCACCCCUGGCUUCUUGCACACCUCUCCAUAUGGACUGACAGAGGACUCCUUCCCCUAAGGCUGCCCAAGCAGAGCAUCCCACUGGCAUCACCCCCAGCCGAGCAUGGGAGAUGGACAGAAGCAGAUGCAGGCUGCCACUCGCCUGGGGUGUGCUGCUUCCAGGCAAAGCAAGGACUUUGGAAUGAGGGGUGCACAGCAAACUUCUGGGUUUUGAUGGGCAUCUGAACGAGAAAAUGGAGUCCAAAGGUGAUGUCUGUUGAGGUAUCUUUGCAUUUUGUAUUCUUCAGGUGCAUCACUGUAGGUGAGACUCAGGUCAGAGCUGAAGGGAAAGACAAGCUAGCCAUUGCAAUGGAGGAUCUGGAAAGGGGUUUCUUUUUUUACCUUGAUUUCUGGGUCUUGUGCCCUUCUGUCUGUCUUUGUAUGGAUUAUAUAAUCUGGAAUAAGUUUUGUUUAAAUUAAUAUGCUCUGUUUAAUUUUUAUCUUAGAAACACCAAGAACAGUAAAUCCAGUGUGUGUGCCUUUUUGGGAUAUUUAUCAUGGCAUUUGAGCUUAUCAUUGCCUCUGCAGACAUUCAGGAUGCUGAGACCUGAUGCCCAGUGCAAUAUAAACCUUCUGGAGGAAGGCUUGCUUAAAA